AUGAAAAUUAUUUAUUCAUUAAUUUCAAUAAUUUUAAUAAUUUCAAUUUGUAAUGCAAUUAAAAUGAAAAAUUCAAAUAAUGAUGCAAAAUCAUUAUGGAUUAAUUUCCUUCCAUAUGAUGAAAAUUGUGAAAAACCAGUUCCAGGUAUGGGAUUUGGUUCAUUAGGAGCUGGACCUUGUUCACUCAAUUAUACUGCUGAAACAUCAGGAAGUCAAUGGACAUUUUUCGUUGAUGAUGAUACAACCUAUGCAAAUUUAACAACAUUCCAAGAUGAAUAUUGUAGUGUUCCAGGUCCAACCAAAGUAUUUAAAGUUGGUCAAUGUGCACAAUAUGAUAAUUUACAAAAUACCAAUUAUAUGGUAACAGUAACAAAAGAACCACAAAUUCCAAAUGGAGUUUAUUUAAUUUAUAAUAAGGAUGAAUUUUGUCUAGCUUAUCAAAAUUAUUGGUUUUAUACCCCAGGAACUGAAAUUAAUAACUUUGAUGGUAAUCAAACUAUGACUUUUUCUUGCAAACAUGGUGUUGCUUAUACAACUCAAUGUGUUACUGAAUCAAAUUGUUUAACAUUAAAGAGCUCAACAACUUGUGGUUUUUUAACUGGAUAUUAUGCUGAUAUUUAUUGCACUUAA